AUGGGAGAUACCUUAACAUUAUGGCUGGAAACGAUACCAGCUACCGCAAAACGAUGGCUACCUAAGCAUCAGAGAGACGAUGUGCAUACGACGCCGAAAGAGAUUUCAGUUCCAAACUUGGCUAUUGAUCUUAAAUCCUUGAUAAUAGAACGUUACCAAGAAGAAUUUAACAAUCUAAUCAAAAUUCCGCCUAUAUAUUCAUCGAGCAUUACUGGGUCUGAUAAGAUAAUUCGAGCUCCAAUGCUACACGAAUUUUUAACUACAUUAUUAGCAAGACAAGACAAUCAUUUCUUUACUGAAUGUUUUUGUGCUCUAAUGGCUGUAGUUGGCAAUGAACUUGGUUCUCUGUUAUCGGAACUGCAACAAUUUAAUGCCUACUUUGAAGACCUAGAAGCAAUUCUUGAAAAUAGUAACACUUUACUACCUAUUGUAAGAUUCAAAAUUUUGGAUAUUAUAGACCUUAAAAAGUUUACAGAGAAUGGCAUUUCUAUUGCUACCGAUAGCAAAUUUAUGACAUCAUCAGAUUCUCUACGGAUUAGUUACAUAAUCAAUACCUUGAAUAGAAUAAUUGGAUCCCCCGUAGGAAGGCGGCAAUGCCAAAAAGAUUGUCCGAAUUCAGAAGGCCUAAUUUGA